CGUGGAUGUGCGAUCCAAGUCUGCGAGGUGAAAUGGGCGGGUCGGAACCCUCCGCUCGUAGCCUUAUUUUCUGGGAGGGGAGGGGAGAAAGACACGUCAUUCUGAUUCUCUAGGAAAGGAGAGGAGACCGGCUGCCGGAAGUGACGUUGCGAUUUGUUGACAGCGGCUGGUGCUGCUGCUGCUUGCGGCGGGGUGGAGAGAGCGAUCGAGAGAGAGAGAAUUGGGAAAGAAAGAGAGGGGACCCGGGUGGGAACUAGGGACUCCCCCCGCAGCUUUUCUUUCGCUUAAUCUCUAUCCAGCCCCCCCUCCGCCCCUUCUCUCUUAUCCCUACCGGAAACGGAACCAACUCCAACCCGGACACUCUCUUUCGUCCAGGGAGCCGGGGAGCCAGGACAAGAAGGGUUGGAUUUUGGGGCAAUCCCAUAACAUGUGGACCUCACAGCUACUAGGAACAGCGUUGAACUUACCCUUUUCUUGAAUCUUCUUGAACUUAUUUAAAAAACAAGAAAAAACAAAAAACUAAGUCAAGAAUUUGUAAGAACCUAGUAAAAUCUGAUAUUGCAAGUUCACUUUAUUUUAGGUAGUUUGUAAGUUUUCAUGGCACUUUGUAAGUAAUUGUCUCUUUCUCACAUAUUUGAUAAAUGGUGUAAAAGUUUGUAAUGUUGUGCAUAUUUUUUAUUUUUUCUUUUAUUAACACUGCUUUUUAAUGCACUCUUUCUUUCUUUCUUUCUUUCUUUCUUUCUCUCUCUCUCUCUCUCUCUCUCUUUCUCUCUCUCUGGGCUACUAAGGUAGUCACUUGCACAUUAUUGAAAAAGACAGAUGUGGGGACACAUUUGCAGAAAAUGUGCAUAUGCUGAUCUAUACAUGUAUAUGCAAAUUUAGAUAUAAUGACUAUAAUUUGAAUAGAAAGAAAGGUAAAGCUCACCUCAGUGGGGUAUUGGGAAGACUGUGACCAGCUGAGCAGCAGCCUGCUUGCUUACUCUACUGCCCAGCUGUUUUCUGCUGAUGCUCCACUGCUUCCUGGGAUUCUUCCCCUUUAAGCCAAAAUUGGACUUCAGGCAGCUCUUCAAAAUAAGAGCCUUCCAAUAGAGGCCUCUUCUCUGUAAAGCAGGAUACACUGCCUCUUCAUCAAACUAUCUCUCAGGUUGUGAGGUUAAAAUUGAGGGGGAACAAUGUAUGCUAGCCUAUGUUCCUUGGGGAGCAGCGGAAGAACAAUGUAAUAAAAUAAAGUUGUGUGUGUGUGUGUGUGUAAUUUUAAUGUUGCUUGAAUGGACUGGAGGCUCCUUCCACAACCUGCUGCAUUCCAGACUUUGCUGGACUACAGUUCCCGUUAGCCAUAGUUGAGGAGUAGGGGGGUUGUAGUUCAAGGCAUCUGGAGCGCACCAUGUUGUCUACCCCUCCUUUGUGUCCCUUAAAAUACCCCAUAAAGUCCCCUUUACCCCCCCACCCCCGUUUCAUUAGACAUUUAGUCAAGGUUGAGUUUUGGUAUCCAAGACUACCACACACCCAUCCCUGUUUGGUCUGCCUUCAGGCCACUGAAACUGAAUCUUUGUUUGGUUUGAGGGUGGGAAAAUAUUUCAAGGACUUCUGUGCUUUCUGGUGGAAAAUGUCCCCCACUCUCUGAUUUAUCUUCUUCUCUCCACCCCGCCGCCAUCGGCCUGCAGCAUUCCCGCAAAGUCCAGUGGGGAAUAUCCCUAAAACAAAGGAACAGGAACUCCAGGUGGGGACGAAGAAGCACUUUUUUUGCCCCACAUUUGCCCCUUCUCCCUCACUCUCCCUGGUCUUCCCCUGUUCACUGCCACAAGAUGGCUUCCGACAGCCCAGACCCUCUGAUGACCCUCUGCACAGAUUAUUGUCUUUACAACUUGGAGGGGACUCUUUGCUACUUGCUGGACAACGAGACACUCCGUCUCCACCCAGACAUCUUCCUGCCGAGUGAGAUUUGUGACAGACUUGUCAAUGAGUAUGUGGAGCUGGUAAACGCUGACACUAUCUUUGAGCACAAUGAGAACUUCUUCACGCUCUUCUCAGAUCCACGGAGCACCAGGCUGGCAAGAAUCCAUUUGCGGGAGGAUAUUGUGCAAGAUCAGGACCUGGAAGCCAUCCGAAAACAGGACCUGGUCGAAUUAUUCUUGACAAACUGCGAGAAACUGACAGCCAAGAGCCUCCAGACCCUGGGCAGCUUCAGCCCCACCCUUGUCUCCCUCAGCCUCUUCGGCUGCACCAACAUUUUCUAUGAGGAGGAGAAUCCAGGGGGCUGCGAGGACGACUUAAACCCAACCCGCCAGGUCUUGGUCAAGGACUUCACAUUUGAGGGCUUCCACCGCCUGCGGUUCCUCAACUUGGGCCAGAUGACCAAAGGGGUGAAUGUGGAGAGCCUGCUCCGACCUCUGGCUUCACUGACUGCACUGGACCUCUCUGGGAUCCAGCUCAACGACAUCUUUUUCCUCACCCAAUGGAAGGACAGCUUGGCUUCCCUGGUGCUUUAUAACAUGGACCUCUGUGAGGAGCAUGUUCAGGCCAUCGCCCAACUGCGCAAGCUCAGGCACUUGGACAUCUCCAGGGACCGCCUCUCCAGUUAUUACAAAUUCAAAUUGACCCAGCGGGUGCUGAACCUCUUUGUGGAGAACCUGGUCAACCUCACCUCUCUGGACAUCUCUGGCCACAUCAUGUUAGAGAAUUGCUCCUCUUCUAGUGAGGAUGAGAAAGUGGGCCAGACAAGCAUCAGCCCUGAAAUGAGCAGCAUCACCCCUUUCAGGAAUCUGAAGCAGCCUCUCCAGUUCCUGGGCCUUUUCGAGACCUCCCUUUGCCAUCUCUCACACAUCCCAGCCUACAAGGUUACUGGGGGAAAGAGUGAAGAGCAAGUGCUGAACGCCAUUGAGGCAUAUACCGAGCAUCGUCCUGAGAUCACGUCUCGAGCCAUCAACAACCUUUUUGACAUCACUCGUAUUGAGCACUGCAACCAACACCUGAGAGCCCUCAAGCUAGUUAUAACAGCUCUGAAGUGCCACAAAUACGAUAAGAAUAUCCAGGUGACAGGAAGCGCCACUCUGUUCUACCUCACCAAUGCAGAAUACCGCUUGGAGCAGAGCAUCAAGUUGCGGCGCCAGGUUGUCCAGGUGGUGUUGAAUGGCAUGGAGUCUUACCAGGAAGUCACUGUGCAGCGCAACUGCUGCCUGACUCUGUGCAACUUCAGCAUCCCUGAGGAGGUGGAGUUCCAGUACCGGCGGGUCAAUGAGCUACUCCUGAAUAUCCUAAACCCAACGCGGCAGGACGAGUCGAUUCAGCGCAUCGCGGUGCACCUUUGUAACGCCCUGGUGUGCCAGGUGGACAACGACCACAAGGAGGCUGUGGGCAAGAUGGGGUUUGUCAUGACCAUGCUGAAACUGAUUCAGAAGAAGCUGUUGGAUAAAACGUGUGAUCAGGUGAUGGAGUUCUCCUGGAGCGCCUUGUGGAACAUCACGGAUGAGACCCCAAACAAUUGUGAAAUGUUCCUCAACUACAGUGGCAUGAAGCUCUUCUUGGAGUGCUUGAAGGAAUUUCCCGACAAGCAAGAACUGCAUCGCAACAUGCUGGGCCUCCUGGGAAACGUGGCAGAGGUGGAAGAGCUCCGCCCACAACUGAUGACAUCCCAGUUCAUCAGUGUAUUCAGCAACCUGUUGGACAGUGAAGCUGACGGCAUUGAAGUAUCCUACAAUGCCUGUGGAGUCCUCUCCCACAUCAUGUUUGACGGCCCGGAAGCCUGGAUGAUCAGUGAGCCCCGCAGGGAGGAGGUGGUUGACCGGAUGUGGGCAGCUAUCCAGCGGUGGGAUGUCAAUUCCAGGAGGAACAUCAACUACAGGUCUUUUGAGCCAAUCCUCAGGCUCAUCCCUCAAGGAAUCUCUCCAGUGAGCCAGCACUGGGCUACGUGGGCCCUUUUCAACCUUGUGUCUGUCUACCCAGACAAAUACUGCCCUCUACUGAUCAAAGAAGGUGGCCUCCUUCUCCUGAGCAACAUGAUCAAAAUGGCAUCAGCCCGGCCAGAAACGAAGGAGAUGGGAAGGAAAGUCAUAGAACACUGCAAUAACUUUAUGGACGAGAACAUGGACACUUCUAGAUAGAGGCACCCCUGGCUUUCCACCACCUGCCAGCAUUGCAUUCGACAUCUCUCCCGUUCACUGUACAUAGGUUGGACUUUCUCACCAGCUUAGCAGUUGGAACGAGCCUUUAUGAAUACGUGUGUGUGUCCGUCUUUUGAAAAAGACCCCCAGCAAACAAAAGCGCUUCCGAGUAGCACCAGCUGUGGGGACCAUUUUGCACAACAACAAUCCCUUUCCUUUAAAUAAUGGAUUUCUCCCUUAACCCCUUCUACCACUACAACUUCCUCUCUUUUUUUGGUCUUGUUUUGUUUCAGAUGGUUCAGAUUGGAGUUUGUGUGUAUGUGUAUGAUUUCUGUAUAUAUAUAAAAAAAGGAAAAUGAAACAAUGACCA